AUGGCUGACCGUGGUGGUGCUCCCCGUGGCGGUGGUUUCGGAUCCCGAGGCGGAGACCGUGGUCGCGGUCGUGGUCGUGGCCGUGGACGCCGUGGUGGUAAGAGCGAGGAGAAGGAGUGGCAGCCUGUGACGAAGCUCGGCCGUCUCGUCAAGGCCGGCAAGAUCAACAGCAUGGAGGAGAUCUACCUCCACUCUCUCCCCAUCAAGGAGUACCAGAUUGUUGAUACUUUCCUCCCCAAGCUCAAGGAUGAGGUCAUGAAGAUCAAGCCCGUCCAGAAGCAGACCCGUGCCGGUCAGCGAACCCGAUUCAAGGCCAUUGUCAUCAUUGGUGACUCCGAGGGCCACGUCGGUCUCGGCAUCAAGACCUCCAAGGAAGUCGCUACUGCCAUCCGUGCCGCCAUCAUUAUCGCCAAGCUCAGCGUCAUCCCCGUGCGACGAGGAUACUGGGGUGCUAACCUCGGUCAACCCCACUCUCUUCCCUCCAAGCAGAGCGGCAAGUGCGGUUCCGUCACCGUUCGUCUCAUUCCUGCCCCCCGUGGUACCGGCCUCGUUGCCUCCCCCGCCGUCAAGCGAUUCCUCCAGCUCGCCGGUGUCGAGGAUGCCUACACCUCGUCCGCUGGUUCGACCAAGACCCUCGAGAACACCCUCAAGGCCACCUUCAGCGCCGUCUCCAGCACCUACGGCUUCCUCACCCCCAACCUCUGGAAGGAGACCAAGCUCAUCAGGAGUCCUCUGGAGGAGUACGCCGAUACCCUUCGGGAAAAGCGUUACUAA